UUUAGGUAGCUACAAGCCUUCUUUCGACAGCCAAAAGGUCGCAUGGAGUCAGGGACGCGCCUAGUCACGGGAACAGUAAUAGAGCGCGUGCUCGUAAGCCCAGAUCGCGCUUAGACAGCAAAGGGAAUCAAACAGCGUGCAAGAAUUGAACCCCAAUGGUUACAUUGGGCCAGAACCAGCAGUCGAUGAUCUACGCACAAUACUUCGCUGCGCUCAAUUUCGCAACGUAUUUUACUUUAUAUCGGAAAAGAUAAGGACAUCAAACUCAUCUGUAUGAUCGGGGGACAGGAGUGCACAGUAUGGUCCGGGAAACCAGACAUUUAUGGGUGGGAAAUUUACCCGAAAAUGUACGAGAGGAGAAAAUCAUUGAGCACUUCAAGCGAUAUGGACGGGUGGAGAGUGUCAAGGUCCUUCCAAAACGGGGGUCAGAAGGUGGAGUCGCAGCUUUUGUGGAUUUUGUGGACAUUAAAAGUGCUCAGAAGGCUCAUAAUUCUAUCAACAAGAUGGGGGACAGAGACCUGCGCACUGAUUACAAUGAGCCAGGCACAAUCCCUAGUGCCGUGAGAGGGCUGGACGAUAGCCUGUCCUUAGGCUCUCGUGGGCGGGAUGUUUCAGGGUUUACAAGGGCGGCAGGGGGCCCGGUGUAUGGGCCCCCUGCAUCUCUCCACAGCAGAGAGGGACGCUAUGAACGCAGACUAGACGGGACUGCUGAAAGUCGGGAUCGAGCAUAUGAUCACAGUGCCUAUGGUCAUCACGAGCGUGCUGGCAGCAGCUUUGACCGGCAGCGUCACUACGACACAGACUAUUACCGAGAUACCAGGGAGAGAACACUUAACACUGGGACUGGAACUGCCAGUGGAGGUGGUGGGGCUGUCUCUGCAGGGGUCGGUGGAGGAGUUGUAGGUGCUGGCGCCAGUGGAACAGGUGGAGGGACUGGGGCUGUGGCUGGAGGAAGUGGAGGAUCUUCAUCGGUUGGUGUGGGAUACUAUCGUUCACAUAGCCGGAGCCCGAGCCACUUUGAUACACCAGAGCCUCGAUAUGAGCCUCGUACCAGAGAACCCUUUAUUCUGGCCAGCGUAGUUCACAGGGAUUUGUACCAAGAAGAGGGAGGUCGGCGUAGAGAUCGUUCUUACCACGACAGUCGUAGCCGGUCUCCACACUCUUCACAUUCAUGUAACCCCUCUCCACAAAGGUUGGCGACUCAGGCAUCCCGGCCUCCCCGCUCCCACAGUGGCUCCGGCUCUCGCAGCCGUUCCUCCAGUUCCGACUCAGUCAGCAGCACCAGCAGCAGCACCAGUGGCAGCAGUGAUUCCAGCAGUAGUUCAAGUGAUGACUCCCCAGCACGUUCAGUUCAGUCUGCUGCCGUCCCUGCACCUUCAACUCUGCCUUUAUCUGCCCUUGACAAGGAUGAGCCUCGAAAAAGCUUUGGUGUCAAGGUCCAGAAUCUUCCUGUGCGUUCUACAGAUACAAGUCUGAAGGAUGGCCUGUUCCAUGAGUUCAAGAAGUAUGGGAAGGUGACGUCUGUGCAAAUCCAUGGAUCUUUAGAGGAGCGCUAUGGACUAGUGUUCUUUCGCCAGCAGGAGGACCAGGAGAAGGCCCUGGGUGCAUCAAAGGGGAAGCUGUUUUUUGGCAUGCAAAUUGAGGUCAUUGCCUGGAACGGCCCUGGUGCGUCCACAACUGAGACUGAAAGCGAGAAUGAGUUCCGGCCUCUGGAUGAGAGGAUAGACGAAUUUCACCCCAAAGCCACACGGACUCUGUUUAUUGGCAACCUGGAAAAGACCACCAGCUACCAUGAUCUGCUCAAUAUCUUUCAGCGCUUUGGGGAGAUAGUGGAUAUUGACAUCAAGAAAGUUAAUGGUGCCCCUCAGUAUGCCUUUCUACAGUACUGUGACAUUGCCAGUGUCUGUAAGGCCAUAAAGAAGAUGGAUGGAGAGUACCUCGGCAACAAUAGGCUAAAGCUUGGAUUUGGAAAAAGUAUGCCCACAACUUGUGUUUGGUUGGAUGGUUUAGCCUCCAACAUCACAGAGCAGUAUCUCACUCGUCAUUUCUGCCGUUAUGGACAUGUUGUCAAGGUUGUAUUUGACAGACCAAAAGGAAUGGCCCUCGUCCUGUAUAAUAACAUAGAAUAUGCGCAGGCGGCUGUCAAGGAGACAAAGGGUUGGAAGAUUGGUGGCAACAAAAUUAAGGUGGACUUUGCCAAUCAGGAAAGUCAGAUGGCUUUCUAUCACUCAAUGCAGGCAUCUGGGCAGGACAUUCGCGACUUCUAUGAAAUCCUAUCUGAGCGAAGGGAUGAGCGCAGGCCGCAAUAUGAGUUUACAGCUGAGCGGCCAUUAUUUGACAAUGCUGUGCGAACACCUGGAGGAACCUUCACAGAAGAUCCCCGUCGCAAGUUACCUGACAGAGGCCGCGAGUUCUACACAGAAUGGGACUCAUACCAGGGGGAUUUCUAUGACCCACGUUACUUUGAUGACCCUCGUGAAUACAGAGAUUACAGAGACCCCUAUGAGCAGGACAUCCGCAAAUACAGUUACUUGCAGAGGGAGCGUGAGAGGGAGCGCUUUGAAACGGACCGCGAACGUGACCAUGGGCGGAGGACAAUGGAACACAGCCAGAGCCCUUCUCACCCUCAUCGCCCUGCCAGUCCUACAGCAUCCCACUCCCUCUCUGAGCGUCUACCAAGUGACUCUGAUCGGCGCAUUUGCUGUAGAUCCUCAGAGCGAAGUGCCAGCUGCAGUUCACUCUCACCUCCAAGAUUUGACAAGCCUGACAAGGCACGAUCCGAUCGGUAUAAUAAGAGUGAUAAGCCAGAGAAGGAGAGACUUUUUGAAGCUGAACAUGGUAUUGGGGGUGAAAAGGAAAAGUGGUCUGGGCGCAAGGAGAAGAGUGAAAAGGAGAAAGGUGAGAAACCGAGGCUAAGAAAGCUUAAAUUGCUGUCUCCCAGCAUUCCAUCGCCUGAGACUGAGCCUAAACUGGAAAGAGAAGUUAGUCCAGAUGCAGGCCUUCGAAGCAAAGUCAGCAAGUUUCCUCUUAAGGAAAAAGAAGGCUCGGGCAAAGGACGGCUAGACCUACCACCUUGUGUGGUGCAGCUAACACGUGUGAAGGAGAAGGAAGGCAAAUUGCUUGGUCAUGCUGUCCUAGAAAAACAAAGACUUAGAGGUGGGAAUGGCAGUAUUCGGCUUGCAUCACCUUCAAGGGAUCAGAAGAGUCCUCCCUUCCGCAUAGAUCCCCAAAAAGGAGAUCUAAUCAAGCAUGGGAAGGUGCCCAAAGACAAAACCCUGGCGAGGCUGGUUGAAGUUGUAGACAAGGAUGGUAAAAUUAAAGCCAAAAAACAUAUGAAAGCUGACCCUGGGUUUGAUGGUUCUAACUCUGUGGAUGUUGACCGUCUAGCUGCACGAAAGAGGCGUUUUGAAGACUCCAUGGGGAAGACCGAUCAACUGAAGAGGGGCAGUCCAGAAGAGGAAGAGGGCGGUAGUCUGGGACUUAGGAAGACACCUGACAGUGCUAUGGGAAAGGAGAAUGAGGGUGAAAAGAGCCUAUUGCGAAAAGUGGUGCAUAAGAAGGAUUAUUGCAAGGCUAAAUCUGAGAGACUUGUUACUGUUUGCAGUCCUAAAGAUGAACAAGAGUCUGAAAUUGUCUCCAUGGGAAUGGGCCUUGGACUCAGUUUGGAACUUCAGUCACGACUUGGAGAACCAACAGCAGAUGCAACAGAUCCAUUAGACCCACCCUGUCUGAAAAUUCAGUUUUGGGGAUCAAGUCUCACAAAAAUCUCUGAUGGGAGUCUUGACCAGGAGGCAUUCAAGCAACUGCCGCAACAAGACAAUGGCGAGCAGGGUGUAGGACUAUACAAAAAUAGAGGGGAAACUGAGGAACGGCUUGCAUCUGACCUUGACCACUCUCAGAGCUGCAGAAAACAAAUGGAACAGAGCCGACAGCUUCGGCUGAAGCUAGAAGAGCCUGACAAAUCAGAUAAAUCAGAAAGCCCACAAGGCAGCGACACAGAGGACUUUGAAAGGUGCAGUCUGGUGCAUGAGGUAGGAAAACCACCUCAAGAUGUUACAGAUGAUUCUCCAUCUAACAAACGUAAGAAAUCCGAGAGUUUUGACUUUGACUUGCUAAGCGGUAAGAGAGAACGCAACUACAGGUCUUCCUGGGAAUUAAAUGAAGACCUUGACCUGAGUGUCACAUCUUUUUCUGGCUCUGGACCCUUUCCCUCAAAUGAAGAAGAGUGUGCUUCCCAGUUAUCACAAUCAGUUACCAAUAAAGAGACUAAAGACUCUCCAAAAGAAGAGGACAAUGUCUACUCGCAUCUAGAUUCAUUUAAAUACAGCUUGGACAUGACACCUAAUCGUUUCCGUUCCCCUAACACAGAAUUUCCUAAGCUUAAAACAAAAUUGCUUGGGUGUGACGAGCAGUUACUCCAACGGUGGGAGAGCAGAAUCAAAUCUGACUGCCUCAGAAUGGACAUGACCUUUCCCAGUAGCAUUGUGAAACGUGAAAACAUUUGCAAACGUCUUGUGCGUCAACUAGAGCCUGGAGAAGUACCGUCAGAUUCCGAUGAUGAUGGUGAGAACAAAAACCACUCCCCUAAGCCCAACACCUCACUGACCUCUAUCCUCAGGGAACGUGAAGAAAGGUUGACAGGCCUCAAGCUCUCAUGCUCCCUGGAGAAGAACAAGUUCUAUUCUUUUGCAUUAGACAAGACUAUCACUCCAGACACAAAAGCACUUCUUGAGCGAGCCAAGUCAUUGUCCUCCGCAAGGGAGGAUAAUUGGUCCUUUCUUGACAGAGACUCUCACUUUGCCAGUCUUCGCAGUAGCUCAGACAAAGAAAAGGUAGAGUCUUUACCACGACCUAUCCCGUCUUGGUACAUGAAGAAGAAGAAGAUUCGUACCGACUCUGAAGGUAAACUGGAUGACAAAAAGGAGGACCCCAAAGCAGAGGAUCAGGAACAGCAGGAGCUGUUUGCAUCUCGUUUUCUUCAUAGUUCAAUCUUUGAGCAAGAUUCACGGCGUCUGCAACAUCUUGAGCGCGAAGAUCCUGAGUUGGGAGUUGACCGACAUCCUGCCAAACAGGAUGCUGUCGAAGGACAACCUGGGCCAUGGAGAGGGGACCUUCAAGAACCCAUAGUGCUUUUUCAUAGCCGCUUUCUAGAGCUUCAACAACAGAAGGAGACCUCAAGGGACCACUUUCCACAAGUAAUUGAAAGUUUUGAUGUAGUUGAUGUGAGUGAACAAGAAGAGUCUCCCAAGGUUUCAGAGUUCAUGCAGAAGGCUGAUAUUAAAUCAGUCAGCCCUUCUCUCAUCCUGCCAAUUUCACAGUUUCUUCCUUCACCCAGAGAUAUGUCUCCACAGCAGGAGAAAGAGGCUGUUUUAACUAAUUCAUCCUCUGAACAGACUGUUUCACUGCUUGAAGAGGAAAAAGUAGAACAUCAUCUUGAAGUGUCCCCACCCCAAUCUCCUCCACUAGUAGAGAUCCAACCCCCUGCCUCGAUUUUAAUCAUAACCUUAUCACCUUCCCUUUCAGAUGCUGAGGUUAAAGUUGAACCUAAAGAGGUAUUAUGUGAACCCAAAGUUACAACCGAAGGCGAUCUUACAGUGGAUCGUGCAUCUUUCCUUGAUAAUAAGCCUCCCACUCCUGGGGCCUCAUUAAGUAGUUUUGAGGCAAAGGCUGCUGAAUUCACCUGCUCUACUUCCCCCAAGAUUGAAGAUAAUAUGGAAAUGGUAAAGAUAGAGACCCAACCAGAGAAACCAGAUUCUAAGGACUUUGACAAACCUCAGAAAUCUGACGCUUCCCAAGAGGUUCACAUGCCAGUCUCAGAGGCUGGAAUCAAACCAGCAAAGCCAAUUCGCAAACAACCCAAGAGUAAAAGAGCUAAGCCAAAUGUGUCAGUAACACAAAUCUUGGAGCCCCCCGAAAUCAUUGUCUCUGAGAAACCAGUAACUCGAAAGAGUGAGCGAAUUGACAGAGAGAAGCUGAAAAGGUCUUCAUCUCCACGAGGAGAAGUAUUAAAGGCAUCAUCAGAACCUAAAACCACAGCCAAGUCACCAGUUAAUGUCCCUGACUCUGAGAAUGAAUCAAGCCUAAUCCACGGAAGGACCAGACGCCGAAAUGUGCGGUCGGUUUAUGCCACACCAUCUGAAGGGGAGGCCCAGCCACCAUGUAAAGAGGUGGUGGAGUCCUCCCGCUCCACACGUAAGUGUGGUGUUGACAAGGAGCUAGUGCAGCAGCUGCAGCAGGAGGCAUUGAACACAUCUACCAACACAAGGCGAGGUCGCCCACCCAAGUCACGCAGGCGAGGGGAAGAUGUGUCACCAGUGAAAGGGGACUCGCAGAAAACAUCAGAGGAAGACAUUGACAUGAAAGAGCCUGCGAACACUGGACAGGGUUCCAGAAUGUCUGAGGGGUGGCGUUCACCCCGUAUGCAGAAAGUGCAGACAGCUCAAGUGUCUUCACUUACUGGGGCCUCAAUUGGCAGGAAAGCAAGUAGAGUAGAUAAACAAUCCGAGAGUGCUACAUCAUCAGGAGAGAAGUCAGUUGAUAGGACAACUACUGAAGAGCUUGAGCCCAAAAUAAAAGAUGUGGCAGAAGAGGCAGGGAAAUUAUUAGAGGCAGCAAAGCAAUGCUUGCCAACACAGAAAGACGAAAAAGACCAAGCGCUAACUGAUCAAAUUGAGAAAAAUAAUUCUGAAGGGGACAUUGAGAGGACAGAAUCUACCCAUGUGGAGAAAAGACAACAAUCUGAAAAGAGUGGGAAAGUAAAAGCACCAAGGUUGACACAAAAUGCCAAAUUGGUGACAGAGAAUAAAUCGCAUGGCUUGAGAAACCUUGAGAUUCGUGUAAGCGUAGAUGAUGUGAAAGGCUUGCUUUGCACUGAGGAGGAUGAGGCUGAAUCUUUUGAGACCACUGCUAAAAAGGCCAAACCAAGAGUACCAGAUAAAGAAGAAACAAGUACUCCGUGUUAUCUGAAAGAAGCAGCAGAGUUCAGCCCAGAGGAAAAGGAAGAAGUUCUAUUAGACCCUGAACAACCGGAAGACCCAGCAGCCGCUAUUUUAGCACGUCAGAUGGAACUGGAACGGGCAGUGGAGAAUAUUGCCAAACUUACAGUUGUGCAACCUCUUCAACCCUAUAAGGAACCACCUGCAGAGCCACCUACCCUGCUGCCCACUGUCACUGUAGAACCAGAGAAUGAAAUAGAGGGGGAGAAGUCAGCUAUUCCUGCCAGUGAAACCGAACUUGCUGCUGCUAUUGAUUCCAUUACUGCUGAAGACAUAUCUGCUGAUACAGAUGGGUUCACAGCUCCUUCUACUUAUACUGCACUUGUUCCUACCCCAGAGCCACUGGUCUCACCCUCUGCCAAUGAUGUAUUGGAACCAGAAACACACAUGACUAUCAGCAACAUUAUUGACCCAGAGAUGGGAGUUCUGAUUCCCAGUGCCAAGCUCCUGACGACAGAUGCUAAAGCCUCUGAAUCAAUAGUCUCUGGGGCCUCUGCCGAAGAUGAGUCCCUUCCACCAGAAACACACACAAAAAAAGGGAAAGCAGUCAGACCUAAGACUCCAAAGAGGUCCAGGGGACGAAAGGCUGUCAACCGGAAGGGAGAGACUGCUGAAGAGGUAUCAGAAGCUGAGACCUCCCCUUUCAAGCUACCAGAGUCCAUUCCUGAAAAAAUUGAAAUCAUCAACUCUAAGGCAGCUACUGCUACAGCUGCAGCAACAGCCGCUGUUGUCACUGCAGCUGCUACCUGCAAAUGUGAUAUCACAUGCACCAUGACUGAGGAAACUCCCAAGGAGGCAGAACAACCUGCUGUGGAACAACCUGUACCUGAAGAAUCUGCUUUUCACUCUGGCACCAAGAGAUUUCCACAUUUCAAAAAGUUGCAACUAUCAGCAGUAGCCCCUGGUCUCUCUCCAUCCCCUGCCCUCACACCUUCUCCAACCCAAUUGAAUGUCCCUCCACCCCGCCCAGGCAAGAUGCCUGUUUCACCAGACUGGCUUCACAGAUCUGAAGAAAGUAUAAUCCAUGCUACUCUUGCAACUCAAGUUACUGUAGUCACUCCCUCUGCACCAGCAGUAACUGCACUUGGGAGCCAGUCAGUAAAUCCACUUAUGCCUCCUGAUACUAAGGCAUCGGAUAUUGACCCUAGCGCCAGCACUCUCAGAAAGAUCCUCAUGGAUCCCAAAUAUGUGUCAGCAUCAAACAGCAAUGCCAUUCCUACUACAGUGCUAACCACAAUGCUGGCAGACCCUCGCAUGUCAGAGAAUGAAAACUCAUCUGACACGAUGGCUGCUAGGCACACGCAUCCUGAAGACAGACCCUUGCCUUUCACUCUUCAAAAACCAUCCCCGCUUACUGAGACCCAGCAGAACUUUGGAGAGAAGAUGGUGCAUUCAGUCAUUUCUUCCCCUACUACCUCUGUCAUCAGCCGGAUUCCAAUGCCCUUUGACACUGAAGAAGCACCUCGAAUCUCCCUAAGUAACCGUAAUGCUGGCCUAUCUCUGCCCAAACAGAAAUCCAGAUCAAGUAUGAACGAGAACAACUGUUACCAUGGAGUGGAUGUGGCAGAGGAUGUAAACCACAGAGGACAGUCUGUAGUUGAGAGCUCACCCUACAACACAGGCUCCAGUCCUGGCCUCAGGGUAAAUACAUCAGAAGGUGUGGUAGUACUGAGUUACUCAGGGCAAAAAACAGAGGGACCUCAACGGAUCAAUGCCAAAAUUAGCCAGAUCCCACCAGCCAGCGCAGUCGACAUAGAGUUCCAGCAGUCUGUGUCUAAAUCUCAGAUUAAGCAAGAACCAUUUGCCCCAUCCCAGCCUUACACCCCCAAGGGACCCCUGACACCUACAGGGUACGGACACCCUGGGGUACUCUUAACUGGCCAGUCAUACAAUUCUCAGCCUGUCAUCUCCACCAUUAAGCAGGAGAGUCCUGCUUCUGAAAAGUCAGAGUCAUCAUAUCACACUGGACACCAGGGUAGCGCAGUAAAGAUGUUUCAAAAACCGGUCACUAGUCCUCAAGUACUGAUGUACAAUCAGGCUGUGAUGCAGCAGCACGCAAAGAAAGGGCCUGGAGCAGAAUCCAAACCAAUGAUGGCGGAUAUGGCAAAGGCACACCAGACAUCCAACCUCAGCCCAAUCAUGAAUUCACAUCACCCAUCUUUGACUGGUACCCCAUCUGAUCGGUCAGUCCCACACCUCAAGCAAGAGCCCCAUUCCCCUCGAACAACGGGCCACUCACCUUCACCCUUUGCCAAAGUUUGCUCUCCCAGCAACUCAAUGUCCCCCCAUGCCAGCUCUAGGGUUUUGCAUCCUGGCAUGCCUGAGAUGUCUCCAUAUGUCUCCAGUAUGCACCACCCCCAUCCAGAGCAGUCUGUUAUAAUGACCCCGGUGUCACACAGCGUCACCCAGUCAGUGUCUAUAGGUCACCUCUCGCACAGCGAUGUCAGGAUGAACACCCCACAGCUCUCUGGAAUGAAUUAUGGAAGACGGGUGGAUUCCCUGCCGUCUCCCCACACUGGACCUCCUCAGCGCUCCAACACGCUAGCCGUGAUCAGAGACAUGGUGCUGCAGUCACACGUGGGCCCCACUCGGGGAACCUCUGACAGCUGCGCCGAAGAGAACAUGAGGCACUACCAGCAGGGGCUGUGCAGACCCUCUGCAUCCCAGCUCCAGUCAGAUGUGAUGAUGAUGCAGGCAGAGCAGCACAGAGGGCUGCAUCACGCAGGCCUACGUCUGGACCAGUACAGCAUGGCCUCACGAGACAUCAGAGACAUGCGCGACAUACGAGACAUGCGCAUCCUGAUGCACCAUCAACUAGGAGAGCACACCAUCGCAGAGGGACGUCAGUCACGAACUCCUGAGGCAGGAGCAACCUCAAUCACCAACCUCUCUGCUGCCUCCAAGAGUCCAAAAGGCAUGGCGCAGAUGCGAAAGGAGAUUCCCAAAACAUUGGAGGCAAAGCCUCACCCACCUCAUACUGAGAGCAGCAGGACCAUUGGGGUCCAUCCAUCCAUUCCUGUUAUGGUGUCUCCUCAUCAUCAUCCUCAAGGGGUUCAGCUGAUUCAUCCAGGUGGCGCCGGCUCCUUCCCAGUGUACCGGGAUAUGCAGGGCUUCCACUCCCAGUUUUCCAGUCACUCUUCAAUGGGAUUGAACCUGGCUCCCUGCGGCAUCACACCUUCCCAGGAUUGUGAUCUCGGCCACAGGGGCAAGCUAUCUCAGUCACUAUCACUUGGUAGAGGAAGUGAAACCAAAUCGGACAACUCCCACCUCUGUCACACAGCCUCCAUCGACUUAUCUCACAUGCCCCGGAUGCAGAGGGACACCAUUUCACCCUCUUAUACGUCUCCCAUGGCUCUCUCCCACAAGCAAGAGCUAGCUCUGCAGAACGGCCCACCAGUCUUCAUGCCGAGCCCUCCAGUAGCACCCCUCUCAAGUUCCUCACAGUUGCACCCUGAGGGUAAACUGGGGCACUCAGGAUACCGGCCCGUCGAUAUGGUGCAGCUUUUAACGAAAUACCCCAUAGUAUGGCAAGGCCUGCUGGCACUGAAGAAUGACUCGGCUGCCGUGCAGCUCCACUUUGUCUCUGGUAACAACGUUCUGGCCCACCGUUCACUGCCGCCCCUGGAGGGAGGGGCCCCGCUCCGCAUCGCACAGAGGAUGAGGUUGGAAGCGUCCCAGCUCGAGGGCGUGGCUCGCAGGAUGAUGGUGGAGAGUGACUACUGCCUCCUGCUAGCUCUGCCAUGUGGACGGGAUCAGGAGGACGUUCUCAGUCAGACCCUUCUCCUGAAAGGAGGCUUCAUCACCUACCUACAGCAAAAACAGGCAGCUGGGAUCAUCAAUGUCCCCAACCCCGGCUCCAAUCAGCCAGCAUACGUGGUGCAGAUUUUCCCGCCGUGUGAGUUCUCUGAGAGCCACCUGUCGCGGCUCGCCCCCGACCUUCUCAACAGUAUCUCCAGCAUCUCCCCUCACAUCAUGAUUGUCAUUGCCUCCGUGUAAUACCUCCAAUAAAAAAACUCCAUUCUCUAGAACCCAACAGAAUCAAGCCAACACCAGCCUUUUUGGACUUUCAUCCAGGUUAGAAAACUGGAAAUGCCUCAGUUUGGAUGGGUUUGACCUUUUUUGUGUUUAAAACAUGCACUCACUCUUACUUCUCUUCUCUUCACCAAGUCCUUAAGUCAUCCUUCCACCUCUGAUUCCACAACUCUCUGCCUUUACGGAGAGCGUACGGAAGGGUGGAUUGGGAGUUUUCAUGAUCAAUUCUAUGAUCAUCCAUUUCACUUUUGCCAUCUUUGGAGGUAAACCGGAUUGAAAGCAUUCGAGGGGACGAAGGAACGAAAAGAAAAAGACGGCUAAGGGAUGUUUUUACUGUCAUUGAAAUAAUGAUUGUGAUUAUUAUUUUAUUUUCUUGGAAUUUUCUUAGUAAACAGAUCCGAUCAGUCAUUGCACUAUGUUGAGAAAACAAAAUAAAAAAGGAAAUAAAAAAAACAUGAACUUUGUACAGAUUUGGGAAUAAAAUGAUACUUAUUAUAAUAGACAUGCUCCAGUGACCAGCUUUGCUUGUGCAAGAGAAAAAUUGAAAAAAAGUAUGUCUGCUUCAUCAAUCUUCUGUACUGCUUUUACUCUUCUACCAUCCGCCAACUUGAUUUCCUUCUACUUCAUUUCCAGAGUCAACUCUAUCCUCGGAGGGUACUAUUUGAGUUGUACAGUUUGCACUUAAUGCCUCAACAGGCUAAUAUAUAUAUAAUUUGUUUAUUUUUGUUUGUCUCCUUUUCAAGUCAAGGUGUUGUAGACAAUUGCAAAACUGUAAAUAUUAUAAAUAUUUAAAGAUUAAGAUGUAAGGAGGCCAAGUGGAUUAUAUGACAGCUCAUCACUAUCAAUCUUUUGGGGGUGGUGAGGGCUGGCAACUGGCAAGGACCCCUACAAAACUCCUAGGAGUGACAUUUACAAACUUUUGUUAUUAGAAUUGAUUCUGUGCCAGAAUCUCUUUUUCAAAGACUCCCCCCACCCCACACACACACAAAAUGUAUCUAAAUAAUCAGAACCUAUUUUCAUACUUGACUUUGUAUUUGUCACUCAUAUUUACUGUAACAGCCUCCUUUUGGACUUUGUUUUUUAUAUUUUUUCUUCAUCAGACCAGCCUGUUACAGCAUACAUACUACUACUCCAUUGUGAAAUCCUGUCCUCAUUUCCAUGGAGUGCCAUAAACCGUUCUAUUUGAUGUUGGUGAACAUAGUCCUUCUGUCUCUCUCCCUGUGUCCUCCAAAGUUAUAUUUGAUGUUGAAUUGUGGUUACUGUUUAGCAAACCGGUGAGCAUAGUCCUUCUGUCUCUCUCCUUGUGUCCUCCUCUGCCCCCUACUGUUCCUCUGAAAAUACUCCUGGAUACCAAUAUGUGUUCCCAAAGUCAAAAAGUAAAUUACUCAAUGACAGCUGUAGCAUGCUUAACUUGAAUAAGUAAAGGGUAAAUCCAAUCCGUAAGGCAACGAAUGUGACUUGAACUUUAAACAAUGCUGGGAAUGGAUGUGUAAACUCUCGCUCUCUUUCCUUUCCCUGAACUAGUGUCUCCCUCAACCAAUUCUGUAAAUACUCAUGUUCUUAAUAUGUGCUCUUGUGUACUUUCCCUUAUUACUGUCUCCGUUCAGGGUCCUCAUAUUUUGUUUUGUGUGACAAAACAAAGCAGUCCGAAAGAGACAAAGCUUGUUGUGAACCGAUGCAGAAAGUAAACCAUGAUUCUCAGUUUUUGUGGUGUAAAUAUUUCUAUAACUGCAGGCUGAAUACUCUCAUGGUGAUGUUGAAGGCACUUAUAAUUUUUGUAUACAAAUGACAAGAAAAUACCCCAAAAACAAAAUGAUUUAUUGUAAACUGUCUUUUGAUCAAUCUUAUUUCAUAAUUUUGAGUGUAUUUUGUUGUUUCUCUAUGAGGACAUUUUAAACUGUAAAAUAAAUGGUUGUUUAAAAUCUACAGAUCAUUAAAUGAUCCGUCACUUGA